AUGAUUCAACAAUUUAAUAAAAUUCAAUGGGAAACUCUUUCUAACAAUCUCAAUGUUAACAAAUGUAAUAUUAAUGGAAAGAGCUUUCUUGAAAUAUUAAGUAUUGCCCUUCAGAAGGUAGAACUCACCAGACCAACCGCUAUUCAAGGAUAUAUAGAGCAUAUUUUACCAACUGAAGAAUACAACAAUACUGAAACAUUUAUUAAGGACCAUAAACCUGUACUUAAGGAACUUGGUGUCAAGAAUGAAGUUCAGCUUACCUACUUGUUGUUUACACUCGCCGCUAUUGCCAACGAGUAUGAAGUCUCUUUGAAGAAUUACAUAGACAAAACAAUCCAGGAUAUACAUGCUGCCCAAAUUAUUUUGGGAUGCCAUAAUUAUAAUUUGGGAUGUCAUAAUUCAUUCGGUUUAUAUAUAAUUUACUAUGAACAAAUGGCGCAAUUUGAAUCAACAGAACUAGCUAAUGAUACGCCAGUAUCAGCACAAGUACAGCUAAUGGAAACAGAAAUUUUUGAAAACGUUGAACACCAAUUAAUGAAUGUGAAACAUGACAAUCAAAACACUAAAUACCAAUUAGAAGACAUGAUUGCAGAAUUUUUAAUAAAGAACUCUAAAAAGAGUUCAACAAAAUUAAACGCCAAAGCCAUAUCUUAUACCCUAAAAGGAAAAGGACAUACUGUAGUAUUUGGAAUCAAAUAUAUUCAAAUAUACUUGAAAAUGGCUUCCAGGAAUCUAGAUAUAAGCAGUAACUAUGACGUAUCCCUGACUCCACCUGGUAAUAGGCCAAAGAAGAAUAACGUGACCAAGUGUACAACGUCUGAUAGCAAGACUCAGCCAGUUAAGAAGAAACAACAAUAUGCUACUCCAAAAAAAAUACAAUCAACUGUAGUGAUAGAUUUAUCUGAAACUAUCAUUACUUCAAUGCUAUAUCCUUCAGACCCUUUCCAAUCACCAUAUCCCAUCUGGGAUACAAAGCUUUUAAGGUACUUUACUCCUCAACUAUCUAAAGAUCAUAAUCAAUCACCAAGAAGUGGCCGUAAUCAGAAAAAGAAUCAAGACUCAGUUAACAAGAUUAGACCAAAUACUACAAAUAACAAGAAUAAGAAAAGCAAACCUGAUGGAAAUUCUUACACUCUCAAGAAUUUGAAGAAAGGUUUGAACAGUAGCAAAACUGAAAAACUCACAUUGUUAACAGAAAUCAGGUUGCUACUAAGAAGGCUUGAAAACUGA